AUGAAAAUUUUACCACAUUCUUAUUCCUGCGUCUUUGAGCGACCAUACAUCGCCAGCUUCAACUUGUCAACAGCGCAACCAGCUUCCACUCUCCAUUCCAUUUCUUUUUCUUCAGUCAAUAAGAUUAAAAAGUUAUUUAAUAUACCAACAGAGAAUAAGAGGGAUCUUCGUCAUAGCCUUGAUAGAAAUUGGAUUGAUAUAGAAAGUGAUUUAUCGUCUGAUCUCGAAGCACCUCUCUCUUUAUUUGGUAGUAACAGUCAUCUCUAUAAUCAAGAGUCGUCAUCAUCGUCAUCAUUGAAAUCGCUAGGAGACAGCGGUAACUUUAGAAUCAGUAGUAAAGAUAUGAAGAGCCAACUCAACCCAAUUCAACAACAACAGCAACAGGCAUUGCAACAGCAACAACAACAGCAGCAACAACAACAACCAGGUGCCAAUACCAAUGGUGUGUCCGACCCCAACCCAAUGAUGGGUGGUUCCGGUGGUGGACUUUCCGGUAUCUCUUUCAACGAGUCGCUUCUCAACGACAUUGGACUUGGUGACUCGGUUAUUCGUGACAUGAAGAUGCAACAACAAGACACCUUUAGACUGAUCGACUUUGCAUUGGGUGCAAGUGCCGGUGUCAACAUUCCCUGGAAUAGCGAGUCUGACAACGACCUGCUCGGAAUCGACAACAAUCUAACUCUUUCAACUAAUAUGGGCAUCAAUAAUAUGAUCAAUCAACACAACGCCGCCCAACAACAACAUCACCAACAGCAACAACAACAACAACACGCCAACGGUCACCAACACUCGCCACACGCCAACGGAAACAACAGCCUCCAGCAAAACGGCAACCAAUCCAACGCCUCAGGAAACUUUAUGCUGGGCACAAGCAACAACCUGAUCAAUUCUUUGAAUCUUUCACAACAGUUGGCCAGUAUUCAACAGCAACUCCACCAACAACAACAAUUGAUAAAUAACACCAUCUUGAGCCAGCCUGUUGCCGUGCACACCCACCCACUUCAGCACUCUGGUUCCGACUUUUACCUGAACAAAUCAUCCGCUGACAACAACAGCAACAACAAUUUCGUCAAUAACAACAACAAUAACAAUAAUAACGAUGUAUAUCAAAACAAUGCACAAGUACCACAUUCACCAUUAAAUACACCAACUUCCACCAUUAGCAAUGCCAGCCAAAACAUAUAUUCCUCGGUUCCACAUUCACCGCAAGUCGAUAUGGUUUCAUCGUCGCAACCAUCACAACAACCACAACGCUCUUAUCCAUUCCAAAAUCAAACACAUAAUGAUCAUCUCCAACCAUAUAAUAACAUGACUUUGCCACCAAUUUUAUCGCCAUCACCAUCUUCGUCGGAGCCAUCCACACCCCAAUACGAUGCCAUCCCAUUCCAAACAAUGCCAAGCAAUACUUUCAAUCUCCAACAGUUGCAACAGCAACAACAACAAAUUCAACAACAACUUUUACAACACCAACAAAUGUUGCAGCAACAACAACAAUCGAGUGUCCAACAAAACAAUUAUCAACCACACACUCCACCACAACAGUUGCCACAACAACAACCACAGCAACAACAACAACAACAAGCACAACCACAACAAAUUCAACAAUCUCAACAACAACAACCACCUCAACAACAAAUCCAGAGCGGUCCAUCUUUGGAAAUCGUUGAUAACUACCAACAACCAUUCCCAAUCUACACUGUCAAGACUCACGUCUUGGUUCCAGCACCAGUCAUCAAGGUCUCUGGUUACACUGGUGAUGCCAACGACUUGAUGAUCGUCGCCAACCCAGAGCCAGACGAUAGUAUCUUGAUUUCCCAGCCAGCCGUCACCGCAUCCGAUGGUACCUUUGAGUUUAAGUUUACCGACAUGCAUGUCGACCGUAAAAAGCACGAUCCAUGCAGUUCUUUCCGUCUCAAAUUCAGUUUGUUGAACCGUCGUACCUUUUUCAAGUUCACUGACAUCUUGUCGCCAUCCAUCAAUCUCUUCUACCACACUGACUUGUUGCCAGCCCCAGACAUUGUUCGUUUGGUGCCAAACCAAUGUUUCUGUGGUCAAGAGCCAGACAUCACUUGCUACGGUUACUACUUUAAGAAGGGACGUACUGAGAUCCUCUACGUUGACUUUGAGCCAGAGGUUGUCGGUGGUGAGCAUCAACCACACACCGUCAAACAAGAGCAACUCCGUAUGCCAAACCAAACCUCUUUCUCGUUUGUCUUCACUCCACCACACCGUUCCACUUCCGGUACCUACAGUGUCUCCACACGUUACACCAAGACUACCACCAAGAAGGACAAGGACAAGAACAAGAAAUCCAAGGUCGGAAAGUCAUUCCUUUUCAUUUACAACGAUCUCCCAGAGUCUUCCAAUACCAAGCGUAUGAAGCGUGAGACCGAUCGUCUUGGUGACGACAACCAAAACUCACCAAUGAACGAGCAACACGACGGAAGUGAAUACGUCACCAGUCCAAUGGGUGGAGUAAGUGUUCCAUCGCCCUACUCACCAGCCACCUCUUCGCCAUUCAACAACUACAACUAUAUGAAAUGUAUUCUCUAUGGUGAAGUUGAAGAUCUCGAAGAGAUUCUCAAGGAGAAGGAAGACAUUGAAGUCAAGGACAAUGCCGGUAACACAUUGGUUAUGCUUGCUGCCCGUGAGGGUCGUGACGAUAUGGUCGAGAAGCUGAUAGAGAUGGGUGCUGACCUCACUGUUCGUAACAAGACUGGUCACAGCUUGUUCCACAUGGCCUGUUACUCUGGUGAUGUCGGAAUGGUCGAGUCGCUCUUGGACAACAUUGACAUCCAAUCACGUGACAAUGUUGGUGCCACCGGUCUUCACAUCGCCACUGAAAGAGCUCACCUCAGAUUGGUACAGUACUUGUGUCAAAACGUUGAAGAGUUGGUCGACUUGAAGGACAACCGUGGUUUGACUGCCUUCCACUAUGCCGCUAUGGAUGGUGACCAACGUAUUGCCAACAUCUUUAUCGACCACUACAAGGCCAUCAAUCCAAAGUUGAUCGAUGCUCAAGACCAUUCCGGUAUGAGUGCCUUGCAUUGGGCUGCUGCAUUGGGUCGUCACAACAUUGCCAACAAGUUGAUUAGCGCCGGUGCCAAUAUCAAUUUGCUCGAUGGUGACAACGAGUCGCCAGUCUUCAAGUCCAUCGUCAGCAGUAACAAAUCGAUUACCACUUUGCUCUUGGACAGCAAGUGCAACACUGACAUUCUCAACGCUCACAACAAGACACCAAUCGAAUUGUUGGCUGAAGCCGCCAUGCCAAACAUUGAGGAAGUCGAGGAGGAGGAAGAAGUAGAAGAGCAAGCUUCCAGCUCAUCUACAACCACCACAACCACUACGACUACUACUACCAACACUGAGCUAACUAAAUCAGUUCCAGAGGGUAUUGUAGUCGGUAGCACUUCCACUGCCUCUUCGCUGGCACUCGUUCCACCAACGAUUCCAUCCAAAGAGAACUUCACCGGUAAGAGAAACAUUGGUGACCAAACUCGUGCUGAACUUGCCGAGCAAUUGAUCCAACAACUUGCCAAACUCAAUAUUCAAACCACUCAAAGCACAUCUACCACCACAAGCACAACCGAUAAAUUCACCAAGUUGGAAACUUUCAAGCCAGAGUUUGGUAAAGACGCACUCAUUCCUGGCGAUAUUAACACCUGGACAUCCAGAGACAUCACUGUAAAUCGUUUCGAAGCGCUCAUCAACGAGAUCGAGUGCAACUUGACCAGCGGUUCCGACAAUGGAUUCGCCAAGAACAAACAACUGACGACCCUUCUCCAACAAUCAUACUCUGACAAGGUGACCGAUUGGAUGGCAAGCGAGGAAGAACUCUUGCGUACCAAGCGUGACCUAUUGGAUUUGGAGAGUGAACUCAACGUCAAAGCCCACGAAAUCAUCAGACUCUCUGAUUUCAUUUCGUCGUGUCCAGUGUCAUUGACCGAGCUGGGACCAGGCAAACUCGGUCUCUUUGUAUUAAAGCGUGAUCGUUACUAUGGAUUCCACCAAAACGAAACUCUUGUGGUAGUAUCCAGUGACUCGAUGUCAGCACUCCAAAAGAUUUACGGUAAUAGCAUGCCAGACUGUUUGCUGGCGAACAUUGUUUUCUGCACAAAGACAAAAUCAACAAAACCAUCACCUCUAAUGCCUGUCGUUGGUACCGAAUUUUUAAUAGUAGACAUCGAAGUAUCAGAUAGAAAUCGACAGUAG